CCUGAUUAUAAACAAAUGCACCAAGGAGAUAAAGAUUUAUUUCAAGCAGAGCAAGACCAGGUAGCUGACUGUAUGAUGGCAGGAAAUAAUAAAGAAAUUCCAACAUUUGAAGAAGAUAAUGAGUCCAAGUUAUUGCGGAAGAUAAGAGAGGCUCCAUUUAUGCCUGUUGGAAUUGCUGGUUGUAUAGGUGCUGUUGCAUAUGGAAUUUAUAAUUACAAAAACCGUGGGAAAAUGUCUACUUCAGUAUACCUAAUGCACUUGAGAGUGAAAGCCCAGGGAAUGGUAGUUGGUGCUCUAACAAUUGGUGUUGCUAUUAACAUCAUGCAAAAGAUCUGGAAAAAAAAAGAGGAAGAAGAAAAAUGACUACUGCUGAAUUUUAAGUUAAUAAAUUUUCUAUUUAUGUAUUGUUAGUAGUUUCAUAAAGAAAACUGUUUUAAAAAAAGGUGUUCUUGUCCAAAAGCAAUUAGUUGAGUCAUUACUCGUUGUCCCAUAAAACAAUUUUUGUUUUGUCAUUUCACAUAAAUGACAUUUGUUAAAAUUAUGAAUAGUACCAAAAAACAUUUAUUUUAUUUUAUUUCAAUUUGACUAUUAAAAUUUUUUUUUAUAUAUUUCUUAUCAUUUUAUUUAUUUAACUCUAUUAUAAAAAUUAUAUUUUAAAUUUAUUUAUGAACGCUAAAAGUCCAAUUCCAUAAUGAUGUAAUUAAUCUUGAUUAGAGAAAAUAUAAUCAUUUGAAAGAUAUUUUCUUUUGAAGAUUUAUGAAAUCGUUGCAGCUUUGUCAGAUAUUGAAUCUUGAAAUAAAUAUGGUUUGGAAGUGGUGAAAAGUUAUAUCAAAUACACUGGUUCCAACAAUCAAAGAAGGAUUGUUUAUCUACUAACUGAAUUGUGUCCUUCUCUGAAGGUUUUCCUGUUUGUGCCGCUAUAUAUCAUACAUCCGUAUGGUAAAAGCUAUCAUCUAAUAGAAAAUUGAUUGUUUGGGAACAUUGCAUACCAAACAAUUAAUACAAACCACCGUUUACUGAAUCUUGCAGUGAAACGCACAUAUUCAGUCUAUAUCUGAUUGAAGCUAACUCUAUUGGGGUGGGGGGUGGGGAGAAGAUGCUCUGCCAAAAUUGCUAGAGGGGGAAGAAAAUAUCAAACCUGUCCUUUCCUCAUGUUUUAAAAUUCACCAUUACCCAAAGAUAUACAUAUAUAAUAUUUCGAGACAAUCUUGUUUAUAAUAUGAGGCUCUUAGAGAAUUUAUUUUUCUUGAUAUAUUUCAACCAGUGGGAUCUUCAGAUGUACUUUUUACAAAUUUCGAACACUGAUCUUAUUUUAUAUUUCAAAUAUAUUUUUUGAAGUCCAAUGUCUGACCAAUCUCAGUUCUUACUCUGACAAAUAGUAAACUGUGUAUUAAACAUAAAUUCGAAAGUUAA